CCAUAUGUGGCCACGAAAUGAUGUACACAUGGAUGAUGGAUCGAUGACACCGGAGGACCAGGAGCCUGUUACCGAUAAUGAUAUGGAAUAUAAUGACAAUGGAGAAGAAAGCUCGUACAGCAAUGGCUCUUCUUCCAGCUACAAUGCUGACAAAUUAUCGUCUUCCAGACCUUUGCAACACAAACUUGAUUUAUCGGCUUCUCCCUCUCGAAACAACGACCUCAAUCCGCGUGUCGAACAUUUGAUCGCAUUAUUCAAGGAUCUAUCAAGCGCGGAACAAAUGGAUGCAUUCACACGUCUGCUUCAGGAAUCCAACAUGACAAAUAUUCGACAGCUGCGUGCCAUUAUUGAACCCCAUUUCCAGCGUGAUUUCCUCUCCUGCCUCCCUGUCGAGCUCGGAAUGAAAAUCCUUCACAAUUUAACCGGAUAUGACCUGCUCAAAGUGGCACAGGUGUCGAAAAAUUGGAAAUUGAUAUCUGAAAUUGACAAAAUUUGGAAGAGUCUUGGUGUCGAAGAGUUUAAACAUCAUCCAGAUCCCACAGACCGAGUUACUGGUGCGUGGCAAGGAACUGCAAUUGCUGCUGGAGUCACUAUUCCUGAUCACAUUCAGCCAUGUGAUCUUAAUGUUCAUCGAUUUCUAAAGUUGCAGAAGUUUGGAGAUAUCUUCGAACGCGCUGCUGACAAGUCACGUUAUCUUCGAGCCGAUAAAAUUGAAAAGAACUGGAAUGCGAAUCCAAUUAUGGGGUCAGCAGUGCUACGAGGACACGAAGAUCAUGUAAUCACUUGUAUGCAAAUUCAUGAUGAUGUCUUGGUGACUGGAUCUGACGAUAACACUCUUAAAGUAUGGUGUAUUGACAAAGGAGAGGUUAUGUACACACUAGUCGGCCACACUGGAGGAGUUUGGACAUCACAGAUUUCUCAAUGCGGAAGAUAUAUUGUUAGCGGGUCCACUGAUAGAACUGUAAAAGUUUGGAGUACUGUAGAUGGUUCACUUCUUCAUACACUUCAAGGACAUACUUCCACUGUUCGAUGCAUGGCUAUGGCUGGUUCCAUACUUGUCACUGGAUCACGAGAUACCACUCUUCGUGUAUGGGACGUAGAAUCCGGACGUCACCUGGCAACUUUACAUGGCCAUCAUGCAGCCGUUCGAUGCGUUCAAUUCGAUGGAACAACUGUUGUUUCGGGAGGAUAUGAUUUUACCGUUAAAAUUUGGAAUGCUCAUACUGGGAGAUGUAUCCGUACUCUGACCGGUCAUAACAAUAGAGUUUAUUCUCUUCUCUUUGAAAGCGAGCGAUCGAUCGUGUGCUCUGGCUCUCUGGACACUUCAAUUCGCGUGUGGGAUUUUACACGACCGGAAGGCCAAGAAUGUGUGGCUCUUUUGCAAGGACACACCUCACUUACAUCCGGAAUGCAACUUCGAGGCAAUAUUCUCGUGUCAUGCAAUGCAGAUAGCCAUGUUAGAGUAUGGGAUAUUCACGAGGGAACUUGUGUACACAUGCUUUCUGGACAUCGAUCCGCUAUCACUUCACUUCAAUGGUUUGGACGAAAUAUGGUAGCAACGAGUAGUGACGAUGGAACUGUCAAAUUGUGGGAUAUUGAGAGAGGUGCACUGAUUCGAGAUCUAGUAACUUUGGAUUCUGGAGGCAAUGGUGGCUGUAUUUGGAGACUUUGUUCUACUUCUACGAUGCUAGCGUGUGCAGUCGGAUCUCGUAACAACACCGAGGAGACCAAAGUUAUCCUUCUCGACUUUGAUGCUGUAUACCCUUAACGAAUUCUCGAAUCUCUGCCCCUGUACAUAGAAUGUUCUUGCUUAGGAACUAAUAUUGUACACGAUGCCCUCAUUUUUAAAUCAACAAUGCUAUCAUAUCAUGGAAUAUAGUCAAAAGCCAACAGUAUUGAAACGUCAAAUUUGAGGAAAAACGAAUUUAUGUGUCUAUUCAACUCGUUAUAUCCCGGCCCGCCACUAUAAUUUUUCUUUUUUUUACUAUUUUUUGUCAGAUUCUGUCUCACACUCUUCUCUUUCUCUUUUCGAUUGUUUCCCAUUAAGUUAUCGGGUUUGAUUGAUUUUAUAUUUUUAUUCAAAUGAUGGGCUCACUACUCCCAGAUUUUGAUUUCCUUUAUACAAUAGUUCAGUCAGUAUGUUAGUCCUUAUGUGACUUCUUUUUGAUCUAAUGAGCUUUUUAGUCCCUGUCGGUUCCCUCUUUUUUCGCUUUCAUUUUUCGUAAAAACUACUUGUCAAAAUUCAAAGUUCUACCCUCGACAUUGCCUUUUUUAAAAUUUUUGUCUUCGUUUUAUCGACUUAUGCCAGACGUCAUUCGAUUAAGUAGGUUAAUAACAAUUAUUUCAUAAUAAUAAAUAUCGAUUCGUGUC